UUCGUUUCCUCGUAGCUGAGCUUACUCAGUCUAUUCUGUGUUUACACUCGGCAGCCUGAAUACUCCCUCCACUUUGUACUCUAGCAUGCUGCAGGACUGCUAGUAUUGUUGGGCAGAGUGAUUGGGGUUUCUGUACAAUCUCCCGUGACCAAUGAGCGGGGUGCUGUCAGGGGUAACCACAUCUGUCAACCGUUCUUGGCCAAUAAAGAGCGGAGCGAGGCGGACCACAGGUGCGCGCCUCUGCGUCCCCUUGGCACAGCGCCCGGGAGAUGCUGGAGAGAGACGCCUAGCUGCCCCGUGGCGCAAAAGAGUUACUGUCAAAGGCAGCCUCCUUUUAACUCCAGCUAUCACUCUGGCUCCAAUAGUUAUGGCGACCGCAACGUCCAACCACUACAGCGUCCUCACCACCCCCAGCAGCGCGCCGCCGCCGCACUCGGAGUCCGGGAGUAUGCAGCAGGCGGCAGCGUACAGGGACGCGCACACCCUGCUCCAGAACGACUAUAGCACGUUACCGGGCGGUGGACAUCCGCUCAGCCACGCGCACCAGUGGAUAACGGCGCUGUCUCACGGUGACAGCGGGGCACCCUGGCCAUCUAGUCCCCUCGGAGAACAGGACGUUAAGCCCGCACUACACGACAGUGACCGAGAGGAGCUGCAGAACUCCAGCAGUCUGCAGCAGCAGCAGCAGCAGCAGCAGCAACAGCGACACCCUCACCUAGCGCACCAGCAGGCGCAUCACGACGCCAGAGCAUGGCGAACCAGCACAGCCACCACGCACAUCCCCGGUAUGGCGACAUCUGAGGGCCAGAGCCUGGUGUAUUCCCAGUCCGGUUUUGGUUUGAUGCCGGGGGGAGAGCAAGGGGGGAUGCACCACCACCCCCUGCGGGAUGAGGACCAUCACAGCCACAGCCCGCACCUCAGUGAACACGGAGGCGGCCCUGGGGCCCACCAGCAGUCUCUCUCACACCAUCACCAGCACGGGGGCCAUCAGGACCAGUCAGACGAGGACACACCGACCUCCGACGAGUUGGAGCAGUUUGCCAAGCAGUUUAAACAGCGGCGUAUCAAGCUGGGCUUCACCCAGGCGGAUGUGGGACUGGCUCUUGGGACGCUGUAUGGAAACGUCUUUUCUCAGACCACCAUUUGCAGGUUCGAGGCGCUUCAACUCAGCUUCAAAAACAUGUGUAAACUCAAGCCCUUGUUGAACAAGUGGCUGGAGGAGGCGGACUCCACCUCGGGGAGCCCCACGAGCCUGGACAAAAUCGCGGCACAGGGAAGGAAAAGGAAAAAGAGGACCUCCAUCGAGGUGGGCGUCAAAGGGGCUCUGGAGAGCCAUUUUCUCAAAUGUCCAAAACCAGGAGCAGCGGAGAUCAACUCCCUAGCGGACAGCCUGCAGCUGGAGAAGGAGGUGGUGAGGGUUUGGUUUUGUAACAGGAGGCAGAAGGAGAAGAGGAUGACACCCGCUGGGGGACAGAUACCAGGAGGAGAGGACAUGUACGGGGACACCCCUCCUCAUCACGGAGGACAAACUCCUGUGCAGUGACCCAUUCUCAGCAGAACGCGGACCCCUUAAGGAGGUAUGAUGCCCCCUUAUUUGUUUGAUUCUCUGUGCUGGACCGCUCGGAACUGGACCUCAGCCAGUUUAAACGUUGGAACCAUGGACACACACAGUGGGAAUAUACAGUGGCACCCAAGCACUAAAAAUACGCAUAGCAGAGAGCUGUAUGGAGAGGUUUCAUGCCGCGGAACUGCCAAGCAUAUUGGGAUACGGCUGGUG